CAAAUCGAGGAACUCGCUGAUAUCAGUAAUGAUGAGCGAUUAAAAAAUUUCAAAUCCCGCGUUAAUUACAAAGCCAAGUUAAUCGCGAUUAUCCGUUUGCUCAUGCUUUAAUCAAAGCCUGCAUCAACCCCCCAUAUCUCUAUCUUGCUCCAGCUCCACGUUUAAUUUGAAACUGCGAAUUUUGAUUUGAUUUGAUCCACUUGGAAAUAAAUCCGUGUGCGGUUCUUCAAAUUUCAUCUUCAAGCUGCAACUUCGGUGGUUGGAGGGGUUUUGUUCCGGUCUCGAGUAUUGCGAUUUGAGUUUCCUAGGGCUUCGGUCGAAUGGCUCAUUCGACGGGGGGAACUCGGGUGGUGGCGGAUUAUCUGGUUGGUCGGCAAAUUGGGUCCGGUUCAUUCUCGGUGGUAUGGCAUGCGAGACAUAGAGUUCAUGGAACGGAGGUGGCCAUCAAGGAAAUUUCCAUGAGCCGGCUCAGUAAGAAAUUGCAGGAUAGUCUUAUGUCUGAGAUCUUUAUCUUGAAGAAGAUUAAUCAUCCUAAUAUCAUCCGAUUGCACGAUAUCGUAGAGGUUCCCGGGAAGAUACAUCUGGUACUGGAGUACUGCAGAGGUGGUGACCUUUCUUUUUACAUUCAGCAGCGCCAUGGAAGAAUCCCGGAAGCAAUUGCUAAGCGCUUCUUGCAGCAGCUUGCGGCCGGCUUAAAAGUCCUUCGUGACAACAAUCUUAUUCACAGAGAUCUUAAGCCACAGAAUCUCCUGCUUUCUACAAGUGGCGACAAUUCAGUUUUGAAGAUUGCUGAUUUUGGAUUUGCAAGAUCUCUGCAACCUAGAGGUCUUGCAGAAACCUUGUGCGGCUCACCACUUUACAUGGCUCCAGAGAUCAUGCAACUCCAGAAGUAUGAUGCCAAGGCAGAUCUCUGGAGUGUUGGUGCUAUAUUAUUUCAGUUUGUAACAGGAAGAACUCCAUUCACAGGAAACAACCAAAUACAGUUGCUCCAGAACAUUGUCAAAUCAACAAAAUUACAUUUCCCUUCAGAUAUUAAUGACUUGAGUUUUGAAUGCAAGGAUUUGUGCAGGAAAUUACUACGUCGAAAUCCAGUGGAGCGAUUGACAUUUGAAGAAUUUUUUAAUCACCCCUUUCUGUGUGCUAAUCAACCAGAUGAAUUGUUGGGAAGUAAGAGGUCAUCAAGAUUAGUGGAUGGAUUUCCAUUUUCAGAAUCUGAUCAUGCUGGUAGCAUGGAGGAAAAUUCACAAGAUGAUUAUCUACCUUUCUCUCUAGACGAUGAUUCCAGUGGUCCUGAGGGAAGUCCGUCCUUUGUAAGGAGGAGGUCUUCAAUGAAGUCUACUUAUGGAUUUUCCCCUGAUAAAAAGGUUGAUAGAGGGACCAGAGAUAGUACUUCCAGAUACAGUAGCCUUCCAGAUAAAAGGGAGAUUACUAAUCCCCUAUUGGAUACUCGUGUUCAGGGAAGAAAUAUACUCUCUGAUAGAAGUCUGAAUGCCGGUUUAAGGUCUGCAAACCCACAAUCAGUUAAUACUCGGCCUAGAGUUGCGGAUUCACUGGAGUUGAUUGAUCAAGAUUAUGUUCUUGUAUCUGGACCCUCUAUGGAUGAUUAUGCCUCAUCUUCCUUAGCAAGUGCUUCCAAGCCAAUCCUUUCAUCUUGCAAAUCACAGAGUCCUACUCAACCAUCCGUAAGUUUAGGUGCUGCAUUGACUGCACCAAUGCCUAUCAUUCGUAAAGCUGCCAGUAGCAGCUCUCGUAUGGGAAGCUUGGGAAGUCAAAGCUCUGCUCCGGGGUCAUUGGAUAUGGAAGAUACUUUGGAACAGCCAUCUGCAAACUGCACGGCAAGAAUCAAGUCAUUGCAGCAGUCUGCAUCUACUAUUACAGAAUUAGUAAAAGAGAAGAUCACUGCAGGUAGACAGCUUGAAGCAUUCUCAAUUCAGCUUGUUAUUCUUGCAAUCUGGAAAAAAGCUCUGGACAUAUGCCACACACAGGCUGCUUCAGCUUUAGAGGGAAGUCCAGGCCAAGGCUCUGCAGAAAGUAGGAGAAGCCUCCGCAAGAAACAAGGAAGUUCUCUUGGGAAGGGAUCUCCGCUUAUGGUUGACUCACUUCAGCCAGUGGAUAUUUCCACUCAAGUUGAGAGGGAAUUUCUUCGGGAAGUUGAAUAUGCUGAAGAACUUGCCAAGGUUGUUGAGCCCGGUAAUACCGAAAUGCCAGAUGCAAUAGAGACAGUGUUUCAAUCCGCUCUAGCUUUUGGAAGGCAUGGAGGCGUUGAGGAGCUCAUGGGUGAAAUGGAAAGUGCAGCUGGCUUGUAUUCAAAAGCUGCACAAUUACUGGUUUUCCUUCUCGUGGAAGCACCAUCCCUCAUUCUAAACCCGCCAUUUUCUCUAACAAAUUCUGACCGAUACCGGUUGCGAAGCUACGUCGAUAUUCUUAGUAACAGGCAAGGCUACUUGAGAUCUCAACGGUUGGCUCUUUUGAAGUGCGAGAAUCAACAAAGUCCUCCCUGAACUAAGAGGCCAAUUUUUUUGUUUUUGUAUUCUGUUCAGAAAUGAGCAGUAUAUAAAAUCAUUUCUUUGUACAGUUUAACUAUUCUUUGAGUAAUAGAGGGGAAGGCGUAAGUGGCUGUGUACCUUGGGGUGAUUGCAUCUCUGCAGGACUGUAACGCAACGCUCUUUACUCUCUUGUAUUAGCGCCAUAAAGCAUGGAGUUCGCAUUCAUUUCAUCUCUCGCUCAAGUUGAACCAACUUUCAGUCCUCAGGUACAUAACAAUUUCAACCAUUUUUAUAUAUAAUUUCGAGGGACUAA